AUGGAAGAGGGCCCCUAUGUAUUGCUGUACCCAGAUGGUUCAGAGGUGAAGAACAUUCCAGGAACAAACACCCCUUUCAAACUACACCUGUACAAAGAGAUAUGGGAUUUUCCAGAUGAAGCAAGCACACCAAAUGCAGGAAUCACACCAAAUGCAGGAAGCACAUCAAAUGCAGGAAGCACAUCAAACAGCAAUUACACGCGUCUCUAUGCCCCAAUAAUAAUCGACAGUGACUCGGAAGCAUCUGAUGAGAGCAGACAAGAUGUUCAAGAAGAAAGAACGGAUGUAUUAACUUCUGCAGACAUUGUGUCAGAUCUCGCAUUGAAGAUAAUAAAAACAUGUUGCAGCAGAUUCAACAUAAAUAGAGCCAAUGUUUGGGAUGGAGCAGUUCGUGGAUUCAGACGUGCAUCAUACAACCCAUUACACGACAUGCUUGUUAAAUUCACGGAUGACGAAGGCACAACUGAAGAUGCAGUGGACACAGGUGGUCCCAAACGUGAGUUUCUAACCCUCCUAAUGGACUGUUUAAGGACACGAAGAAUCUUUGAUGGUCCAGAAAAUAGGAGAUUUCUCACCUUUAACAGUGCAGCUGCCAGAGAAGAUGAAUACUUCCUUGCGGGGCAGAUGAUUGCGGUUUCUAUUGUUCACGGUGGUCCAGGUCCUCGCUUCCUCUCAGAUAUGCUAUACGAUCACCUCACUGGAAGGACGGCCAUUAAUGGAACAGUUGAAGAUAUAACAGAUGAGAUCAUGAAGGCAGCUUUAGUUGAGAUAUCUAGUGCAGCAUCAUUGGAUGAAUUACACAUGCUCGUGGAUAAGUAUGCCAGCUUGCUGCAGACUGCUGGAUGUUUUCAUAACCCACAAAGUGUAGAAGGCAAAGAAAACAUUGUAAAGGAUUUCAUACAGUGGUACAUAAUUUACAGAAAUCAAUACUCAAUACAAAAAUUUAGCGACAGUCUUUCCACCCUGGAUGUCAUCCAUGCCCUGGAACAACACCCAAGUGUAUUCAGACCCUACAUGUGCUACAGUGUUGAGAAACUAACAUCUGAAUCACUGGAGGCUGUCUUCAAGGCUCAGCUCAGUGAAGUUGGUUGCACCAGACGACAAGAAGAAACAAGGAUUUUAGGAUACUGGAGAGACUAUCUGCUAGACACUGGAGGUAAAGGAUAUAUAAACACAUUUUAUUGUUGUUUUGUACAUAUUUCAUCAUAUUCCAUUGACAUCCUGAUGUCUGCUACAGGACUGGAUUCACUGCCUCCUUCAACAAUUCAGCCUCAGCCCCUACUGACUUUUGAGAGCACUUCUAAAUUUCCCAUUGCCAGCACAUGUUAG